GCAAGGAUGAAUGAUUGACUUCCCCGAGUGGUUGGUAACAAAAUCUAAUCACCUGCGCAGUUCCUGGCUCCCGUAUCCAGCCAGCUAUUAGCCAAGUGAAAAGGAGCGAGUACGCACCAAGCAAGAGCUGCAUGAACUAUCGAAAACAGCCGCCGAGUACUGUUUAAUUCUACAGUCACGCAACAUUCUAGCCAGAAAAGAAUCUCAUCAUCAGAGCUCAUCAGUCGGUUUGUCCACUCCAAGCCAAACUCAGAAAGAGUUCAUGCUUCCUUUCAUAAAAUCUGCUCACCAGCGCUUAAAUCAACCACACAAAACAACAACACAAAACACACUUAACACAAACCAUGUGCCACCUUCAAACCCCCGUCAACACCACCACCACAACCAUGUGCGAGACAGCAGUCGCACUCGAACUGAAAAAGACAGUCCGCUUUGGCGCAGUUCAAAAGUGUUUCUUGGAGCCCUUGCCCACCGACUUGCAACGCGAGCACUUGUACUACAGCGCCGAGGAACUGGCAUUCCAAAAGCAAACCGACAUUCAAGCCAAGCGCAAUUUCGUAGAUGCCGGCUUGGAGUUGGAUGCCAACGAUCACAGCAUGACCUUUCGCGGUUUGGAACAUGUCUUGAACAAGCGCGAACGACGACGACGCAUCAGCAAGCACGUCAAGGGCGUCUUGGAAGUCCAAAAGGAACAAAAGGAAAGUGGAUUGAUCGGCAUGGACGACUACGAGCUCUUUGUCGUGUCUCGCGCACAAUCCAAGGACAACCGCAAGGCCGCUCAAAAGAUGGCCGCCCGCGAUGCACAAGACGCCGCCAUGGUCAUGGAUGAAGAAGAGGAACUGGACGUCUCUGUGACAGAGACAUCCGUCUCGGAGAGCAGCUCCGCUUCUGCUUUUUCUGCCUCCAGAAGAUCUCGUCGCCGCGGCAGCAAAAAGACCAUCAAGCGAUGCGUCUCGGGAUUCUUCAGAAAGUUGGGAGCUCCUCAGCAACAAAAGGGAAUCCAACGAUGCAAGACUCUGUAAAUACAAAACCAAACAACCACAGGGAUGGGGACAGCAAGCAAAAGCAUCAUCAGGUAUCCUAUCCUAUAACUGCUAAAACUAAAACUAGAACUACAGAUACUCCUCU